GAUUUUGAUUAUGCAAAUUGCAUUUUGUGUACUGGUAUUGUGUAUUCCGAAUCCGAUUUGAAGUCGAGGGACCCACGAAAUCAGUUGCAAGUUAAGAGUGUGUAAUUGUUGUGAACCUGAAGCUGUAACCUGUGCUUCCAAGCGAUGAUCCAACGAAAUGCUGCAAUCAAAGAAAUUCCGUUUAAGACGAAGAAAAAGGUUUUGAAGAAGUUUGGAAAAGGACAAGGCGUUGGUGGACGUCGACGAGAAUGCCAGGACGGCCUUAAGAAGGAAGUGGAUGAGUAGAAACAAGGAAAUGUUUUUAUAUCUGAAAGGUUGCAAACUCGAAGCAAAAAAAGGAAUGUGGAAGAACUUUGACAACAGGAAAUAUGCAAAGGGACAUGUCUAUUUUGCUAUCACAAGUGCAAUGAUCUGACAGACAGCAGUGUACUCAGAUCAAUGCCUGGGCUGGUAGGGACCGGCACUAAGAGGAAGAGGGAUGAUGGUGAAGAUGGCGUGGAAGGGAGCCAUCGUUUGGCAACCUGUUCUCAGGUUUGCUCUUACACCUUACAGCGUCAGUGUGUGCUCAACCUCUCUGCUUGCAAACUUCAGAUGUCUCGCCAGCAGAUUGAACCACCUUUACGCCGUUCAGUGCUCAUAUGCAACACGCUGCGACAUAUUGAGCGGGAGCUUCGGGCAGAAGGUCGCCACUAUGACUGUUCGAGAGUGUCUAUGUUGAUCUCUAACCAACCGCUCUGUAUGGACGCACCGAACAAGGAGAGCAUUCCAUCCAGCCAUGAUAGCAGUAAUAAUUCUAGUUCUAGUCCUGCAGAAUCUAGAGGAUGUUUAAAUGAGAGAAGUCGAGCCAGUAGUGAGAACACGUGCCCUGCUGUGCAGAGGUGUGCACAACCUUCUGCAGACAAAUGUUCCCUGUCGUUGAGCGACAGUAGAUUGCAAGCAGACAGUGUAGAAACAGCAAAAACAGAUGUAAGCCAUGAAAAUAACAAUUGCCUCCCAUCAAUUGCCAAUAAAACCACUAUGCCAAGCCACCUAGAUACAGCUCCUCAACCAACGAACACGUUGACAAGACUGACGGACAAACUCUCAAGAGAUACUAUCAAACAGGAAAUCAACUCUUGCUUGGACAUGACCACUACUCCUACUCUGAAUGCUGCCAGUACAGACAUCAUGGAGUUUGGUGAUGAGAUCUUUGGAGACAUUGAUGUCUCACUGUAUGACUUUGAUCUAGCCUCUCCAUUCAUUCCAACCCAUACACCCAACCCUAACCCCAAACCCCCAUCACCGUCUUCUAACUCAGAGGACUGGAUCAGGUCUUUCCAGGGGGAUAUGGCGGGGUUAGACGUCUCCUCAACGGGGGCUCAGGGUAACUGCCGCAGUGACCUCAUGCAUGUUGAUGAACUGGAUCAAAUUAUGCACAUACUGGUUGAUGUCGGCAUGUGAAUUCACCAGAGUAUUUUUAUAUAUUUUAUAUAAGUUAUGCAGAACUUUUUUACUGAAAAUAUUGUAAGAAUAGAAAUAUAGAAGUGAGCACUUAUUUCAGUUGUCAGAGAAGUUGGGAAGUUAUAAAAGAGCAGCUGGAUCAAAAUAUGAGACAUGGAAGAAUUGAAUACAACUCAGGUUUUUUAAAGUGUUAACUAGAUAUUUAUAUGAGAGAAGUCGUCUUCCUGUAAUAGAUAUAUUGAAAGAAAGAGAAUUGGGGUACAUGUAAUGGAAAGUUAAUUAGUUAAAAUGUUGAUCUUUGCAUAAAUUUUAUGGCUAGAUCAAAAAGAUCCACUCGUGUGCCAGUAUAUUUUAGCUUGUAGUUCUAAGUUCUUUGUUUGAAAUCACAUGCACACAUUGAAUGAAUGGCAUUGAAAUCUUUUAUAAUAGAGUAUAACUAGUGUAGUCAAGGACUUUUAGUCUUUCUCCAAACCCACCUUCUUUGUCUCUUCCAUGAUUCAACGAGGCCAAUUUAUUUCACCUCGUCCUCCAACCAUACAUGUUUCCUUUUCAAUUAUCUUCCCUUUCGGUUUAUUUUCGAUCUAGAAAGAACAACCAGGUGGAUUUAUUUUCUAUAGUUUAUUGUAACUUUUUACGGAAUAAUAUGUUUUUUCUGAUGCUUUAGAUUCAUUGAACAUCCAUCCCAAAUAGAAAACAUCUUCUCUACAAAAAAGACCUUUGAUUUCUGCUAUCUGAAAAACUAAAUCAGUGUCUAAGAAAUUAUAUCUUGUCUAGAAAAGCUACUGAUUUCAUUGUUACAAUCUAAACAUAAUAUUCACAAUUUAUCUGUAUUUCUGCACCUAUACAUGUAGAUGUCUAGAUAAUUUAUAAACUGAUCAUUUUAGUUCUCCUGUUUAAUAUGUCUUCCUGUUCUAUGCUCAAGAAUUUGUCUGUACGGAUGUAAAGCCUACGGAGGUAGCUUCAGCAAAUUCAUCAAUAAUUCAUGAAAGAUCACUGGGGUUCUUCGCUCCUGCUAGCUCCCAUCUCUCCCUAUCUUUCUCUCUCUCUCACUUUGCUCAUGGCGGUUGCUCUACAUAAUGGGCGUUAUGAUACAGGAGCUUUGCUAGGCUUCAGUCUAUGUUAAACGCUGAGGCAUAAUAAAAUCUCUAGUUAAGUAGAAGGCUAAUAGAGCACAUCCUGUACUCUACAACAGGAGUCCAUUCAUUUACAUGGUUGUCUAUUACUCUUAUUUAAAGAAAACCUAAAUAUCACAUCUCAAUAAAUAUUAUAAUUGUGAAAUUCUUACACCCAAAAGUAUUUGGUUGCCCUUUGAAAUUGAAUAAAAAAGCACCUUGUACAUUUUAAGACAGAUGAAAGAAAGUUUUUCCAAUCAUCAAAAUUUACUUUAGUAGCAGAAUGCUACAUACAGUAUGAGAUGCAAUCUGCUUCUCACAUUAACAAAAGUUCAGUUUUAAAUGAAAAUGAUAUCUGAGCACUUUAUGGAUCUCAUGACUAAGGAAUGUGAUUGUAAAUAUAUUAAAUAUAUAUAACCUGUUAUGGCCUCAUGUAGUACUCGCAAGUACCAUGUACUAUGGCUGGUGCAGUCUAACUCGCAAGAGGCCUAGCAACCAGUUGAGGAAGUCACAUGACCUAUUUUCAUAGCAACCUGUUGCAUGUCGAACCCAACUCAGGGGGCCAAUGUGUUGUAGUUGGGUAUUCCAAAACUUAUAAUAGCUUUACAUAUAUCAUAUAUGAUUUUGUAUUUUGAUAUUAAUGAAUAAUCCAUGAUAGUGUUGAACUUAGGGGAAAAUAUUGAAUUUUUUAUUUCACUUUUCCCGCUCAACAAAUUUAGCAAUACAUCAUGCUGAAAUUGUACCAUCACACUAGCAAAGUACCUGAGCCCUUAUUUAGAUAUUCUCUUUUCAUGAAUUAAAUCAGAUAGGGGAAUUCCCACUUUUCUUUCCUGAUAAAAUUUGUCCAUAUAGCAUAAACCAAUCUUACUUCAUUGAUGCUCUAUCAUGGCUUUAUAGGUAUUGAUCAAGAUAUGCCAUGAACCUGAUCAAAUUCAGAGGAACUGUAUUCAUUGAAUGACAUUCUUGUAUUCAGAGGUAGAAAUUUGUGUCUCAGUUUUAAUAGCAGACAUAUGUGUGUGAAAUUGAUAAUAGGAAAACCCUCUGACAAGAUAAGUAAUAACGUAGCUAUUGGAAAUCAGCAUAUUAAUUGAUAAUAAGCUUAUGUAGCAUUAUUGCACUGUAGAUGAAUUUGAAAUUAAUAGGGUUUUUUUUUGUCUGGCAACUGAAAUAGGUGCUCACAAUGUUGUAUAUUCAUGUACAGUAAUAAUGUUAAGGGAGAAUUUCUAUGAAAACAAAUAUUUGGGCUUCUUUGAAUACAAGAGCCAAGAUUUUAUAUCAGAAGUUUUAUGAGAGUAAAUGAAGUAUUUAAUUAAGGUAAUUUAUGACAUCUCUUUGUAAGAUUACCAGUCUUACAUUAGAAAUUCAUUUUUAUACAAAAAUUAUUUGACAUUUGUAACUAAAAAAAAGAAAGAAAGAGGGAAAGAAAUACAGCUGGCUCUUGAAGAGUCUGAUUUUAUAUUUAUUCCACCAUGAAUUUGAUCCUCGUCUUCACGCACAUGUGCUUUGUAUUGUUCCAUCAAGGAUCCAAACAAAUUUGAAUAGUUUAAUCUUUUAUUAAGUAAUCUUGAAUGCAGAAUAUUAGGCAGUAAUAGGGCUGAAACUUUGCUGUUACCUGCCCAAGUUAAGGGAUCUUCAUAACUUAGACAAUUAUAAUUUUCCAUUGAAUUUCUUAUUCACAAUUAAAUUAGGAUUUCAAUUAUCCAUGUGAAAAAAAAAAUGAUCUGAAAUAAGUAUAUAGGGUAGGCCUGAAUUAGAAAAAAGACAAGACUUGCAGGAGUAGCGCGAUAUGUCAAGUGCAAUUACUGUUGGAUUGAAGCUUUUGGUCAGAAUGUGGCAGCAUGUCACAUGGUAUUAACUUGUCAAUUAUAUUUUAUGUAACACAACAUGCACAAGUACCACCAAUAGAAGAUACCUUGGGUGAUUUAAAGUUCAGUGUUAUAAUUGGUGUUGGUGUUGAGCUGAUACAGUGUAUAUACACCAGUCACAGCACCUUGUAAUGAGACUGGUGCUUGAAAUUAUAUUAUCAGGUGUUAAGCUGGAUGUAAUUGGUGUCAUUUUGUAAACUAAAAUUCAGUCUCGGAGCUUGGUUAAAUUGCCCAAUUUAUGCUCAACACUAACACCAAUGUCCCCCAACGCUAACCUUGAAAUCAUCUAUUAAGCUCAGAGUGCUAUUAAAUGUUUUAAUGUGCAGCAUUGUUAUAGGUAACUAAAAAAGAUUCAUUCUUUUAUCCACUUGUGCUUCCUUUGAAUUAUGAUGAAAGAAACAUUCAAAAGUUAUACCUUGCCCAUUUAUGUUUAAAAUGAAUUUCCUUGGUGAGAAAUUGGACCCUCCUGUCUUUAAUUAGUCCUUAAUCUUAUCUCAACUCUUUCCAUUUCCAGUUCUUGACAUCUUGAACAAUUUUUCCAUUGUCAGUAUAAAGUAACUUGUUGAAAUAUCAGUUAUGGCUACAAAUUAGAUUAUAUUUCCUUCACAUUUUAUUUUAGCGAUAAUACAUCUCUCAGCUUGAAUAAUCAUAAUUUAUAAUGUGAUAUCUACAUGUAUAAAUAUUAAUGAUUUAUUGAAUGUUGAUAAUGAUAUUAUUUUGAUGAGUAUUUUUGUACUAUUGUUUCCUGUUCCCUACUAAUCAUGUGAUGUGUUUGGUAUCGUACUUUAUAUGUCUUAUCUGUCUUGUUAGACGUGAUGUCUGCAUUAGAGUGUCCCAAACUCUCAUUUGAAUAAAACCCAUAGCACCUCAUCAUUUUCAUUUUAAACAAUGCAAUUGAAUGCUUUCUUGGAAUUAAUACUCAACCCAGUUUGCUAAAACUUUUUUUUUAUCAAUGACAAGAUCUAUGACAAAUUAAUUCUUCUUGCCAAUCCAAUGUAAGAAUUCUUGAUGCAGAGAUCAUUGCAUAGUGGUAUUUAACUGGGACUACAUUGUAGGAGGAGGGCAAGUCCAAAUUAUUUAUAUGUAGCCUUUUGAUGUCUUUAAUAGUUCUAGGUUUCCACAUAUGCUUAUGUUUUUCAUUUUAUAUUUAAUGUGAUACAAUCCCUACUUGAACUACAAUACAUUGGAAAUUGUAGUUUUCUCAAAUCCAACAAAAUAAUUUGGACAUGCCCAUAAAUGCAUAUUAACACUUCUCUAUUUGUAUUUUUAAAAUCUUCCCUUGGAUAAUGUAAUAAUAAUGAAAAUUGAUAAUUCUGCUGAUAUGAGCUAUAAAAUAGCUUAAUACAUUGACAAUGUCUGAGUUUAUAAGCACUGUCUUGUAACUGUAUUUCUGUUGUGCUGCAUGUAUUAUUGAAUGCUUGAAUUGCAAUAUAUUUCUUGUUGGGAGAUAGUCAAAAUGGAUAUUGCAGUAAUGUUUUCAAUUGCUUUUUAUCAUCAUAUCAAAAUCCCUUUUUUAUUACUUUAAAAUUGAGGAAUCAUUCUCUAUUUGCUGCAAAGUAUUGUGUAAAUGCCAACACCACUUUGCAUUAGUAGGACUAAAAAGUACUAAACUGUGCAAGGAAGGGCUAAUAUUGUACAAAAGAUGGUGCUUAUUGUAACUGAAUUAUAUUGGUACUGUUAGGAAUGUGUGCAAGUACCAUAUAUGUCAUUGUUACAUGUAGUUCAUGGAGUUGGAAAAAAAAACUUCAUCCAAGUGAAUUUAUUUUGAUACGUAUCCUUCCUAUUUGUGAUUCAGUAUUUUGCUUAACCUGAAAUACUUGUGAUAGGCAAGGGACUCUUGAGACUGCUUACGACAGACGAUUACUUGCCUGAGAUAUAGACCUCUUACAAACAAUAUUUUUUAGCGGACGAUAUGAUAAUGAUAAAUAAAUGAUUCCUAGUGAAUUGUUUGUGCCAUUCCCAUAAAUAAAGCAAAUGAGUCUAAAUAUGUGCAUUUGCUGAAUUGCCUUUUUUGUACACAUUUCAAUAUGCUGCGAACCAUUUUGUCAUUUAAUCCAUACCUUUUAUCCCAAAGAAUGACGUCAUUUUUUUAAACUCCAUUUUGUAUCCAGUUGUUUAACAACUCUUGCCUUACAACUUUACAAACCACUUAAUUCCCAAAAGAUGAAUUCAGAAUUGUUUGAAUUUAUUACCAUUCAAGUUAUUACUUUUAUAUCUGAGUGAUUUCUUUAUUAAUAGGGCCGUAAUCACAAUAAACUUUAACAUUAAAUACCUUUGUAUAUUUUGAUAUUUUGAGAAAUAUGCAAAUUUCCAUCUUAAAUGCAAGGUGUAUGAUUUAAAUGUAAUGUUAUGUAAUGAAAACAAGGAUUAGUCCUUUACCCUCUGUAUUCCUUUGCUGGCAUGCAUGAAUGAACUUGUUCAAAUGUAAUGCAACUUGCCAAGAGAUGAACAAAUUUAGCCACCAUUUUGUAUUUAAAAUAAAUUUAAAAAAAUAAUCACCAAGAGAGAGGCAUUCCCAGUGCAGCAAGGUGUACAUUACCGUGCUAAUUUGUUGUUAAUUUUUGUCAUAUUGUUGAUCAAUAAGAUAUUUCUAUUUAUUUAAUUUAAACACAACUGAAUUAAGAUGUGAUCAAGUGUGCUUGAUGGUAAUAACCAUUGUUUCUCAAAGCCACAUUAAUUUAUUAUUCAUUUCUACAGAUUGGAAAUAGAGAGAAGCCUUGGUCGUAUGUUUUCAUGAGUUGUUUGUAUAUAUUAUGUUUGUACAUUCUGUAAAUUCAAAGAUUUCUCUAUUUCAUUCUGUUCUCUGACAUCUCCAUACAGUAGUUAUAUUUGUAUCUUAAUUUAUUUUCAAUGUUGAUUGUAAUAAUGGUCUGGUUUGGAAGCUACAUAUAUCGAACACAACUUUGUUGUUAUUCACCUCAAAAAGGCAAUUUUAAUAUAUUUCUUGGGAAUUAUAGGGGGCAAUAAGAUUCAAAAAUGGAAAACAACUCUGCCCAAAUCAUGCAUUUCUGAUGAACAACAAAUUUAUUUUUAGCAUUAUUUGUUUUAGAGAAUCUUACAGCCAUUACCUAGACUCCAAACCAGAUUGCAUUAUAAACUCAUGUGAUUCUCUAUCUAACAAAAAUGAUGAAAUGUCUAGAUAGAUAUCCACAAGAGCUCUUUUCCUUUUUUCCAGCUCAGAUUAUGGAUCAUUCUUUCAGUCCAUUUUUUUGUAAAAUUUUCAAUACUUAUGUAUUAAAAGUGUGAUGAAAUUCUGUAAAAA